AUGGCGGUAUUCGUAGAGCUUGAGGAUGACGAUCUCGAACCACCGCAACAUCCCAGUGGUGAUUUGCCCAUCUGGAAGUUGCACAACCUUGAUAUCGCCGGUAGUCGCCGUGAGCAGCCGCCAGCCGUGUCCAAAGACACACGCGACGAGGCACACGAGUUCGCCGUCCAGGAGUUCCACAACCGGAACGCUCUGACGGAAGCUUUGGGAUGCUACCCUAUCAUCAGCGCCAUCACGGCCAACAUUGAUCUGAACACUCUCGACAACUUAUCCCAGACCUGCCGCCAGGUCCGUGCCGACCUCCUCCAGUACCGCAAGCCGCUUCUGGCGACCACUCUCCGAUGCUGCAACGACGAUCUUCCCGUCGAUGGUGAGGAGACUCUGCGCUAUCGGGCCAGGGCUGGCAACUGGUUCUACAUGGAGGAGACCGGCCGGUCCGGUAACUACAAUGGCAAAGCUGGUGAGUGUGCACGAGAUAUGGUCUCGGAAUGCCGCCGCUGCGGCACAGUCGUUUGCAGAAACUGCGCCAUAAAGCCUCCCAUGCCUGUCGUACUGCGUGACCGACAUCGUAGGCUCUGCCGUGCCUGUGUCAAAGCUCCCAUUGGCGAACUGUGCAAGCCUCGUCUACCUCCCGAUGUCUCUAUUGACUCGGAUGACGUGCAACGGGCAGUCUGCAAGUGUGCCACGUCGGGUGUUUGGCUUUGCCAGCCCUGCGGUCGAAGCAUACGCGGCGCAGACUUUGACUACCAAGCAAUUUGGAAGUGGCGAAACCAGUAUGGUGAUCCGCACGGCAAUGUAGGCAUAGGCAUCGGCGAGGGAGAUCGCGGCGUCAUCUGCGGGCGUGAAGGAAGCUGCUGUGCCGCCAAAGAGCGUGAACAGGAGAUCGACUGCGACGCUGAGGACGCAAGAGGAGAGGGCUUCGUGCUCGGCUCCUCUCCCGCAACGCACUCGACUGUUGCUCCGCCUUGGAGCAGCGAGAGUAGUCUGCCAACAGCCCUGAAUGCGUCGUGGACCUUUAUGCCACCUAACGACACCGCCGAGAGGACGCCGUCCCCGGCCCUGGGCCCGGGGUACGCCCGGCAUGAGGUCGAGGGUAUUGGCGGAGUGAUCAAGAAGACCAUGGUCAAGAUGGUCAAGAUCGGAGCUUGUGUACCCGAGUACCGCGAAGAAAGGCAAAACAGUCUGCUCAUGCAGAGGGAGAUCCAGGGGCGGGUCAGGAGCUGGUGCGGGUGGUGCUGGAGGGUGAUACCCAGCAGGAAGGACCUCGACGGUGACGAUUGCGCGGCAUCUUCGGGUUCCAGCUCGUCAUCGGAAUCAUGA